CAAAUGCAAGCCCAUGCCUAUCUGUCUUUUACGAGUACAGAAAUAUUUUGGGCAUUUUCAGAUUUUUCUUCGAGGGGUUUUGACCAAAAAUUUUCAAGCUCUCUACAGAAUUUCUCCCCAUUUCAAUUUGGUGGGAAAAAAAAAACAACCAAAUUCAACUUCAGGCGGUUCAAAUUAUUAUUUUAAUCGUUGACAUGCCAUACUAAGAUUGUAUCAAAAACUGGUGAACAAUUGGGAGCCAAACCAUUGUUAAACUAUGGAGUGCAAUAAAGAUGAGGCCCUACGGGCAAAGGCAAUUGCGGAGGGCAAGUUAGAGAAGAAGGAUUUUGCUGGCGCAAAAAAAAUUGCCUUGAAAGCCCAAACACUGUAUCCAGGACUGGAGGGUAUUUCCCAAAUGUUGAUAACGCUUGAUGUGUAUAUUGCUGCAGAGAAUAAAAUAAGUGGAGAAGUAGACUGGUACGGAGUGCUUGGUGUCAACCCCUCUGCUGAUGAUGAAACAAUAAGGAAACAAUACAGGAAAUUGGCUCUCACGCUUCACCCAGAUAAAAAUAAAUCUGUUGGUGCUGAUGGUGCUUUUAAACUUCUUUCAGGGGCCUGGAGCUUAUUAUCUGAUAAGGCUAAGAGGUUGGCAUAUAACCAAAGGAGGGGUUCUAGGGGAUUCAACCAGAAAGUUCAAAUGCACGCUGGUGGUACAUCAUCAGCAUCCAGAGCAAAUGGAUAUCAUAAUACUGGAAGUAGGACAACAUCAGUUACAAAGACCCAAAACAAUAGUGCAAAGGUGCCGCCUACAUCAGUUCCUACUCCGUCGUAUGAAAGAACUGAUACUUUCUGGACUAUUUGUCACCGAUGCAAGAUGCAUUAUGAGUAUCUUAAGAUAUAUCUCAAUCAUAGUCUUCUGUGCCCUAAUUGUCACGAGGCCUUUAUGGCUUCAGAGACAGCACCACCAUUCAACUUUUCUAAAUCAUGCAAUCCUGCAUCUCGCCAACGGCAUCAGAAUUUGAAUAAUCAUGCAUCUGCUAGAAAUCAUGUUGACCCGGAAAGAAAGGCUGCAGCUGCUCAAAAAUCAGGACCAGGUCAAGCAGGUCCUAAUUUGUAUGGAUAUAGAAGCUACCAGCAGGUUCCUCAUUCUGGAACAGAUGGUGCUCGCAAUACAGAUCCUUCUAUAGUGGCAAAAGCAGCAAAUAUUGUUCAGCAGGCACAGGAGAAAAUGAAGAGAGCAUAUCCUGAACCACCUGCUAGUUGGGAAGGAGAAAUAAAAAAGCAAAAAAUAGAUGACUACUCUGGUGCAAACACUACAUAUAACAUGGCCAUUGGAAGUAGAGGUUUUGCAAGUGCAGGUGCAUCAGGAUCAAGGAUCUAUGGUUUCUCUGGCACUAAUAAUAAGCCCAACAGCACCAGAGACCUGACCCCACUAGAAAUGCGAAACAUGCUAAUGGAGAAAUCUCGAAAGGAGAUUUUGAAGAAGUUGAAGGAAUGGAGAUUGGAGACUGCAACGAAGGCUGCAGAUAAAGUGAAAGAGAAGGCAGGAGAGGGCAAGAAAAACAAACACAGAAGCACCAGUGGGCAUGAUCAGAAUGGCAAUGAUGCGUUGUCUGCUCCCAUGGGCAUAGAGCGAGGGAACAAGUGUCUUGCCAGCCAUUCUGCUGAUACUGCAGAUAAGGAGGAUACUGUGGCAGCAUCCAUGAAUGUUCCAGAUCCUGAUUUUCAUGAUUUUGAUCAGGACAGAGCUGAAAGUUCUUUUGGAGAUAAUGAGGUUUGGGCUGGUUAUGAUGAUGACGAUGGUAUGCCUCGUUUCUAUGCUCUGAUUAGUAAGGUAAUCUCAAGAAAUCCAUUUAAGGUCAAGAUCAGCUGGCUUAACUCAAAAACUAGUAACGAAUUUGGAUCUCUUGAUUGGGUAGGUUCAGGAUUCUACAAAACGUGUGGUGAAUUUAGAAUCGGCAGAUAUGAAAUCUGCAAAUCUAUCAAUUCUUUCUCCCAGAAGGUUAAUUGGUCAAAAGGACCACGUGGGACAAUUCAAAUAUUACCCACAAAAGGUGAUGUUUGGGCACUCUACAGAAAUUGGUCGCCUGAUUGGAAUGGGCAGACCCCGGAUGAAGUUGUACACAAAUACGACAUGGUGAUGGUGCUUGAUGACUACAAUGAGGAACAGGGUGUGUCUGUCGCUCCACUUGUUAAGGUGGUUGGUUUCAAGACAGUAUUUUGUUCAAAUUUGGACCCUCAAAAGGUCAAACGAAUAGCAAAAGAAGAGAUGUUCCGAUUUUCUCAUAGGGUUCCAAACUACUUGCUCAGUGGCGAUGAAGCUGAAAAUGCUCCAAAAGGUUGCUUAGAGCUGGACCCAGCAGCUACCCCGUUGGAACUUCUCCAGGUGAUUACGGAAGCUAAUGAGGUGCUAAUGAUGCCUCAUGGUGAAGAUUCUAAGAAAGAGGUAUUGCAGAGCUCUCCAGAUAGUAGGUCAGAUGACAUUGCUAAUGGGCCCAUAGAUGCUCAGAAAGUAGAGAUGACAGAAAACAGUCUGGAGUCCGAGGAAGUAGGGAAAACAGUCUCUGAAGGGUAGCGAGGGAAGCAGUGCUUUUUGUACCGUGCUGAAAGUUUUUGAACAAAUGUGCAGAAUGCCGGAUAUAUACCCAGCAUAUAUGCCUUUUCAAUUGCACAAGCCCCAAGCGUAAUUGGAGAAUGGUGUUUUCUGUGGAAUCGGAAUUGGGUGAAUACUUUUUGUUCUUCAUUUUGAACUCGAUAAAUGUGGAGACCCUGAACUCUUAGAAGUUAAGAGCAAGUCUAACCCCAGUUUUGACAGUUAAUUGAGUAUAGUAAUGAAGAUGAUGAACUUCAUUCUUCUUUUAUGUCUAGAUAAAAGUGAAUGCUUUCUGCCUAUAGUACUGAAUAUCAUGUAUAAGAUAGGGGGUGUAUUCUUUUUGUGAUGUCGCUUGAUUCUAAUGUUACAAACAUGAAAUUCAUUUCGUCUUAAAAGUCUAGAAACAUUUAUAAGUCGGAGGUUCCUUAACAUUUUGCCGUGUCUACUAUUCACAUUAUCAUGGAAUCAACGAGCUCAAGUUUAUUGUUC